AUGAAUGAAUGAAUAGAUUAUGAAAAAGAUUUCAUAUCGAGCAGAUCCAGACUCAUCAUGGUCGUAUGUUGUGUUAAUUUGUGCGAUGAUAAACCACUUCAUAUUGUUUGGAAUUGGAAUGUCAUUUAGUGUGUUUUUUAGGGUUCUUAUGGAAUAUUUUCAUAGUACUAGAGCUACAACAGCUUGGUUUAAUAGUAUACAAUCUGGAGUAUUUUACUUUUCAGGUCCCAUAGUGAGCUUACUUUUGAAGCGAUACGAUUGGAGAGUAUUGAUUGUCGCCGGAGGCAUCAUUAAUGGACUCGGUCUCUCGCUUUCCUUUUUCGCCAACUCUAUAUACUUCUUGUACAUAACGAUAGGCUUGUUAGUGGGAUUCGGUUAUGGAUGUAUGCACGUGCCUGCUGUGGUAGCCGUCGGCGCUUAUUUUACACGCCCCGCUCAACGCAGUUUUGCUCAAGGAGUUAGUUUGGCUGGAGGUAGCCUGGGUACCCUUAUAAUGCCGCCCAUUGUUUAUAAACUCAUCGUUAAAUACGGAUUUAAGGGAGCAUUUCUUAUCCUCGGGGCCCUCAUGUUUCAAACGACCGUUUUCGGCUGCCUUUUCCUACCAUUUUCUUCUAGGGACUUCUCUAAUAACAAAAUUGUCAAAGCGCCCAAACCUCCGUCCCGGAAAAAGUUUUUGUGGAUAGCCCCUACCAAAUCGUACGAUAAAAUAGGCACUCGCGACGUGAAAGAGCUUAAGACGCUUAAUGGAAUUUCGAGUGAAGCGAAUGGGACAGAUAUAACUAUAGUGCCAAAAGGAGUGAGUAAUACAAUUGUAGAGGAGAUGAAACCGUCGUCAUUAGAUGUUACCGAUGGUCAAGGAGAAGUCAAGGAUGACCACACGGGCACAAUAAGUCCCUCAACACUCUCUCCCACGUGGCGCUCUCCUCGCUUCCUUCUCUUUGUGGCACAGUCGGCUUGUUGGACCGCUUCUGUAUUCAUAGUCAUGCACUUGCUCUUCGAUUUCCUGCUAGCCGAUCGAGGCAUUCGGCCCCCGCUUCGUGCCGCUUUCCUCUUUACCAUCAUUAUGACUAGCGCUAUGGCCGGAAAUAUAUCUGCUGCUCUUUUAGACGCCUUUUUGAUGUUUCGUAAUAGAAAAAAGGAGCAGGAUGGCAGGAAUUCGUCAGAUACUUUCGAUCCUUUACGCUCUUUAUCGAAACCUUCUGCAGAAAUGAACGAAGUCAUUCAACCACAUUAUCCCUAUCUAAAGAGCUGGCUAUUCAUAGCCUGCACCUUAGCCCAUGGUGCCAUAGCGACACCCCUUUUUAUUGCCACACGCAGGUAUGAACUGCUUUGCGUGAUAGCUGUUGUCUUCGGAUUCCCUUACGGGAUCAAACUAGCCUUAGGUCCGACCGUCUGCGUGGAUCUCUUUGGGUUAGAAAAUCUACCUCACGUAUACGGAUACACCAUGAUGGCAUCAGGCGUUGGCAUCUUACUUAGUCCGCCAUUUGGAGGAUAUUUGGUAGACAUAACUAAGAGUUACCAUAUGACUUUCGGGCUGAGUGCCAUUUUAUCCAUUAUAUCCGCCAUUCUUUAUACUAUCCUCUUGCUCACCGAACAACCACAACGAACAUCUGUCAAGUAUCAAAGAGUUUCCAUGGAGCCAAAUGAUGCCGUAAAUCGUAAAUUUAAAGAGAUUAAUACUCGGGAAUUCGGUAACGGCAAAAAUGAAGUAAAUGCUAGCGAUCAACUCAUCAAUGAACCACAAUUAGUUUAGAGAAGGAGAGAGUGUUAAAUAAAGCUUCCUUGUGCAAACUUUAAAAAAAAUUUUUGUACACAUAUGAAUUAUUUGAAUCAUGAUUAUACUAUAUUAUAUUUUUACAUAUCAUGCGUUCUCACUUUUUACCAUGAAAUUAAUUAAAAAAUAUAUUAUAUAUAAUUCUAUUUAUAUUUUAUAUUUCAGUAUUAAUUUUAUUGUAUUUUUAUGCCUCCAU